AUGACCUCUGGUACCGACAUCAUUAUUCGCCUUCCGGACACUCUCACUUAUUGGCCGUGGACUCGUAGAAUCAACCCUCAUUAUGAGGAAGUCAAGGCUGCAUCACAGGCUUGGUUUCGUUCUUUCAGAGCAUUUGGACCGGAAGCUCAGCUUGCAUUUGAUCGUUGCGACUUCAGUUUAUUAUGUUCUCUGGCAUACCCAACGGCAUCCAGAGAACAUCUUCGGACUGCGUGUGAUUUGAUGAACCUGUUCUUCGUUUUCGACGAGUACACCGACAACGCUCCUCCUGAGACAGUUCGACAAUACGCAGAUAUUAUAAUGGACGCUAUCAGAAACCAGGAUGAACCACGGCCCAGAAACGAGGUCGUUCUUGGGGCCAUUGCACAGGAGUUUUGGGCACUUGGCAUCAAGUCGGCGAGCAAGACUUCCCAGAGGCGCUUUGUCGAAAGCUUUGGGUAUUUUGUAGAUUCGGUUAUCCAACAAGCAAAGGAUCGUCAUCAGCACUGUAUCCGGAGCAUAGAUGAUUGCUUUGAUGUUCGACGUCUUACCAUUGGUGUUGACCCGUCAUAUGCGAUGUUAGAGCUAGGGUAUGACUUGCCCGACGAGGUGUUCUACCAUCCCACUGUCGUUGCUCUGCGACAGAUGAGUUGUGACCUAAUAAUCCUGGAUAAUGACCUCGCCUCGUAUAAUAAAGAGCAGGCGCUGGAAGAGUAUCCCCAUAAUAUCAUCACUUCCGUCAUCCAUGAGCUGAAUUGCGAUUUGGGGGAAGCUCUAUCGUGGGUAUCCGAUCGCCACCGGUCUAUCCGUAACCGAUUUUUGAGGAUGUGGACAGAGAUCUCGUCCUGGGGACCUGAUAUCGAUGGUCUUGCAUCCCAGUAUUUGCACGGCGUGGCGAAUGGGGUACGGGCGGAUUAUUGCUGGAGUUUUGAGAGCGAGAGGUAUUUUCGAUCCAAUGGCAGAGCGGUGCAGGAGCAUAGAAUGGUUACUCUCAUGCCCAAGAGGUUUUUGAUGAGUGACUCGUCACUUCUUGGACAGACGCUAUAAUCUUUCACCGGACCUACAUUAUCGUUUCUUUCGGGGUAUGUUGUAUUUAUUUUUUAUUUUUUGCUGUUGCUGUCAAGGGCC